AUGACAGAGGCUACUAAACGGCUGAUGAGUCAAGUCUUGAGUACUGAGAACAGCAAGAUAGCUGAACUCUUUAGUACUGAGAACAGAAAGAUAGCUGAACUCUUUAGUACUGAGAACAGAAAGAUAGCUGAACUCUUUAGUACUGAGAACAGAAAAAUAGCUGAACUCUUUAGUACUGAGAACAGAAAGAUAGCUGAACUCUUCAGUACUGAGAACAGAAAAAUAGCUGAACUCUUUAGUACUGAGAACAGAAAGAUAGCUGAACUCUUGAGUACUGAGAACAGAAAAAUAGCUGAACUCUUUAGUACUGAGAACAGAAAGAUAGCUGAACUCUUUAGUACUGAGAACAGAAAAAUAGCUGAACUCUUUAGUACGGAGAACAGAAAGAUAGCUGAACUCUUUAGUACUGAGAACAGAAAAAUAGCUGAACUCUUUAGUACUGAGAAGAGAAAGAUAGCUGAACUCUUUAGUACUGAGAACAGAAAAAUAGCUGAACUCUUUAGUACGGAGAACAGAAAGAUAGCUGAACUCUUUAGUACUGAGAACAGAAAGAUAGCUGAACUCUUUAGUACUGAGAACAGAAAAAUAGCUGAACUCUUUAGUACUGAGAACAGAAAAAUAGCUGAACUCUUUAGUACUGAGAACAGAAAGAUAGCUGAACUCUUUAGUACUGAGAACAGAAAAAUAGCUGAACUCUUGAGUACUGAGAACAGAAAAAUAGCUGAACUCUUGAGUACUGAGAACAUAAAGAUAGCUGAACUCUUUAGUACUGAGAACAGAAAGAUAGCUGAACUCUUGAGUACUGAGAACAGAAAAAUAGCUGAACUCUUGAGUACUGAGAACAGAAAAAUAGCUGAACUCUUGAGUACUGAGAACAGAAAAAUAGCUGAACUCUUUAGUACUGAGAACAGAAAGAUAGCUGAACUCUUUAGUACUGAGAACAGAAAGAUAGCUGAACUCUUUAGUACUGAGAACAGAAAGAUAGCUGAACUCUUUAGUACUGAGAACAGAAAGAUAGCUGAACUCUUGAGUACUGAGAACAGAAAAAUAGCUGAACUCUUUAGUACUGAGAACAGAAAGAUAGCUGAACUCUUUAGUACUGAGAACAGAAAGAUAGCUGAACUCUUUAGUACUGGGAACAGAAAGAUAGCUGAACUCUUUAGUACUGGGAACAGAAAGAUAGCUGAACUCUUGAGUACUGAGAACAGAAAAAUAGCUGAACUCUUGAGUACUGAGAACAGAAAAAUAGCUGAACUCUUUAGUACUGAGAACAGAAAGAUAGCUGAACUCUUUAGUACUGAGAACAGAAAGAUAGCUGAACUCUUUAGUACUGAGAACAGAAAGAUAGCUGAACUCUUGAGUACUGAGAACAGAAAAAUAGCUGAACUCUUUAGUACUGAGAACAGAAAAAUAGCUGAACUCUUUAGUACUGAGAACAGAAAGAUAGCUGAACUCUUUAGUACUGAGAACAGAAAGAUAGCUGAACUCUUUAGUACUGAGAACAGAAAAAUAGCUGAACUCUUGAGUACUGAGAACAGAAAAAUAGCUGAACUCUUUAGUACUGAGAACAGAAAGAUAGCUGAACUCUUGAGUACUGAGAACAGAAAAAUAGCUGAACUCUUUAGUACUGAGAACAGAAAGAUAGCUGAACUCUUUAGUACUGAGAACAGAAAAAUAGCUGAACUCUUUAGUAGACUGGGCUGGACCGGAGGCUGGGAGCCGGGCCCGACAUUCCAGGCGCCGCUGGCGCGCCACGAGUUAACUCUGCCGCGGGCACCGAAACCAACUUGGGCCGCCAAGCGAAGCCGGCAGCGAGAGACGCGCGCACAGCCGUCGGCGUCUCUCAAGUUUGUUAGCGGCGGGGGUGGCGGGGGUGGCGCGGCGCGGCGUGGAACGGAGCAGCGAGCAGCCAGCGGGCAGAGUUGCUUCGGUUUGACUUGCCCCUUGAAAGGCGGCUGUUAG